UCUUUUUUUCUUUCUUUAACGUGAUAUAGGCAAUCAAUCACGAUGAAUAAAAUAUAUGGAGUCUUGGGUGUAGAGACGAGUACCUGUAGUUUUUUACCCUAAAGUGAAUCAGGGUAAUAUUUUCUCUUGGGUAAAUCAUUGCAUCUGACCGUGAACUAUUACCGUUUCUUCAUUCUAUAUCCUCUUCGAGAGGAAAUAAGUACCUCUCUUUAUUAGAUCCAAACUCUGCUUAAACAAUAAUUUUUGUCGAGAGAGAGAGAGAGAGAGAGAGAGAGAGAGUCUGCAGAAACCCAAGAGGGCGUCUCUGACAAAGAAAAGAUUUGCUCGUCUUUCUCCAUAUCAUGAUCAUGUGAAAGAGAAAGACUCACUUUGAUGGAUCUGGUUUGAGUCACACACCCUUAUAUAUUUAUAUUUCAUUCUCUCGUGUGUUUAUCUUUUUACCCAUUAUUGGCUUUUGUACUCUCUCUCUCUCUCUCUCUCUCUCUCUCUGCAACCUCCUUUGAUGGUGGAUUCCUCCUAUAAAUACAUCCACUCUUCUCACUCCUCGUCUUUUCUCGACGUUCGUCAUCUGUGAUUUGCUGAAGCUCUCUCCCCAUCUCUCUCUCUCUGAGGUGAGGCUUCAGUUUCAAGAAUUUCAUCAGCAUAUCAAGAUGGGAUGUUUGUCAUUGCUUCCAGCAGUUGUCGAUUGAGCAAGAGAUCAAACAAGAGUGUGCAGAUCUCGAGAUCGAAGUCCGUACUUGCUUUGUACUUUUCUUGACAGUGAAUAUUAUCUUCAGGACAGACCCAAAUCCCCUCUCUGAAUCUCAUGGCGACGUACUUUCAUGGGAGCUCCGAAAUCGAAGCCACUGACGGCUUGCAGACACUUUACAUCCUGAACCCUAACUUCAUCCCCUACUCCAACGCUGCCCACGACGCGACCGCCCCCAAUACCCUCUUCUUGAAUCCUAUGGGGAGUGCCACACAGCCAGCUCCCUCUCCACAGUUGAACCACAACCACUUCGUCGGGAUUCCACUUUCUGGACCGGCAGCACCGUUUGGACCUGCUGCAUCGGACGUACACCCUAAUCGUCACGAGAUUCCGUCCCUUCACAGCGUAGCUCCAAGGUUUCGGCUUAACCACCCCUGGGGCCAGCCGGAUACAUCAGCCGCCUCCACAGACCAGCUCCAGAUUUGCUCAGCGACCAACUCUGCCGGGGUCUCACCCUCUCAGCGCGGCCUGUCUCUGAGCCUCUCCACGGAGCAGUCGCCGCUCUCAAGGGAGAGCGACAUCCGCGGGCACAGCCACCGUCAAUUUCCGGGGAUCAACGAGGCGAGGGUGUUGGCACGGAACUCAUCCUCGACGGUCUCGAACGUGGUCUUGGGCCUGCACGGCGUCCUUCUGGGGUCAAAGUACUUGAAGGCCGCGCAAGAGCUAUUGGACGAAGUCGUUAACGUCGGGAAAGAGAUCAAGAAUCACUCAUCAGCCGAGGGUGCCAAUAAAGAGAAGAGCAAACUUGGUAACAAGGAUUCGAGUAAGGAAGAGAAAAAAGUUGAGUCGUCAUCAAGUGGUAGUGAGCUGGGUAUGGCUCACAGACAGGAGCUUCAAAUGAAGAAGGCCAAGCUUGUCGACAUGCUUGAUGAGGUGGAGCAGCGAUACAAACAAUACCACAGCCAGAUGCAACUGGUAGUCUCCUCGUUUGAGCAAGCCGCUGGCAUCGGUGUGGCGAAAUCGUACACCGCCCUGGCCCUGCAGACGAUAUCCAGGCAGUUCAAGUGCCUUAAGGACGCUAUCUCAUCGCAGAUCAAGGCCACGGGCAGGAGCUUGGGCGAGGAUGACUGCAUGGGCGUCAAAAUGGAGGGCUCGAGAUUGAGGUACGUCGACCAUCAUUUCCAACAGCAAAGGGCACUUCACCAGCUGGGAAUUAUCCAUCAGAACAACACUUGGAGACCUCAACGAGGACUGCCGGAGCGUGCCGUCUCGGUGCUCCGCGCUUGGCUCUUCGAACACUUCCUCCACCCCUAUCCCAAAGAUUCGGACAAACACAUGCUCGCAAAACAAGCGGGACUAACCAGGAGCCAGGUGUCUAACUGGUUCAUCAACGCUCGGGUUCGCCUCUGGAAGCCCAUGGUCGAAGAAAUGUACUUGGAAGAGACCAAGAGCCGAGAGCAAGCUGGGUCUGAGAACGGCACGACUCGCAGGGCCGCCACCAAAUCCAACAAGGACGCUGCCGGUUUGAAGUCCGCAUCUCAAGAAGACAAUGCCUUUGGAAUGAACAGCUCCAUCAAAUCCUUCCAAUCAAGCCCCAACAAGGCCCUCAAUCAAGCCGCCAUUUCACCCUCCGAGAACUCCAACUCGACUUCCUCAACUUCUCCCAUGCCCUGUGCCAUCCCUCCCCAUCACGGCUUCACUCUGACUGGACGGUCGUCCAACGUAGAAGUCGGGAUCACCUCAAGUCCUAAAAAGCCGAGGAUGAGCCCCGACUUGAUGAACCCGCACGGCAUCAUUCUCUCGAGGGCCAUGGACAUGAAGGGGAGCGAGCCGAGCCGAGAGCUCGGCGGCGGUGGCAGCGACGAGUACAUCCAUGGCGGGUUCAGCGCAUUCUCGAUGGGGAACAUCGACGGGAGAUACGGGAACUGCGUGGCCCUCACCCUCGGCCUACCGCACCGCGAUCAAAGCCCUUCGCUCUCAGUCUCAGCAGCCCCACAGAAUUAUUUCCCCAACCAAAGCAUGAAUCAUCAUCAGUUGGGAAGGACUAAACUUGUGGUGGGAAAUGGUGGUGAGGCCGAUUUCUUCGGGAUCGCUGGUGCUCCACAACAAUCUCAAUCAGGCUCAAUAAAUUAUGAGGCCAUCGACAUCAACAACAGGAAAAGAUUUGCAGACCAUUUGUUGCCUGAUUACGUUGCAUGAUCGAUAGCAUCAAGAUCUGAUGACGAUGCAAGUUUCUCUCCAUUUGAUUAAUGGGCAAUUUAUUGCUUGCCCAUGAACACGGAGGUAUCUUUCUGUACGAUAAUAUAUAUACCAUUAGAGAUAGAGAUUGGUUGAGACAGAAGGGAUUAGUGUAAAUGAACAAGUAUUGUAGUAAUAUAUACAUGCAAAAUAGGAAGCUUUUCCGGAGUUUUCUCAUAGCUCAGAUUAUAUAUUUUGCAAUUGGAGACGUGUACUUAGGAGUUAACUAAUGUAGUACUGUACUUUGCAUUAGAUUUUAUCUGCUACACCUCUGUCAGAUGUCAUCGAGAUCAUAAGUUUAGCUUAGUUUGAAUCA